AUGACGGGGAACCAAGUACAACCUCCACCACCUCCACCACCUCCCCUUACUUUCCUUCCUCCUUAUCGAGGCGAGCAAGAUCGAACCAAUGUGAACAAGCCACAGUCACAACAUAGGUCAGGUGAUAUGCCUGCAGUUAUGGACUACCUCUCAGUCGGACUAUUCUCUACCGAUCUGCCAAGUGGCACGCUUACGCCUAGUGGGAUGGUAGGCUGGGGUGGCGAAGCUGACCUUGAUUUCAGUGCGAUUGACCUCAGCUUUCUCAACACCUACAACACACGAGUGCCCUUUGAAAUUGAGAACCCAGUCGGUCAUAUACCACCACCAAACGCCAAUGCAACUAGUCAGGGCCCCUCAAGACAGGGCAAAGAUAUGGAUACCAAUUCCUCAAGUGGAUCUCUUCAGCAGUUCAUUUGGCACUUUGUUCCAGUACCCGGAGUGCAUGCAUAUUCGGAGCAGGCCGAUCUCUCCUUACCCGCGCAAGACCGGAUUGUCAGAACCCCGGAGAGCUUCGCAGACGUGAGCAGACGAGCAACAACCGAGGAACUGGACUCUGUAACCCGGGACAAAAUUCUCGCCAUACUCCUCAGUCAGGUCAAAUCACAUAUUCUCCCGGCCUUAUCUGCUUUUCCGUCAGUCAUGCUGCUGGACAAGUUGAUACAGUUUUUCCUGGCUGGCCCCAUUCCCACAGCUAGCUCAUGGAUCCAUACAGCCAGUUUCAGACCAAAGAAAGCUCGACCAGAGCUGCUCCUUGCCAUGGCAGCUGCUGGUGCAGUCCUCACACCCGACCGAUCCCUGCGGAAACUUGGAUUUGCCAUCCAAGAAGUAGUGCGCAAUCACAUACCCACGGUCUUCGAAUCUGACAACACCCUAGUUCGCGACCUCGAAAUGUCACAAGCCUUCAUGCUAGAGCUGGAGAUUGGGCUCUGGAGCGGCAGCAGCCGGAAAACUGAAAUCUCCGAAAGCUUUCAGCAGCCGCCGUUAUCGAUGCUGAGACGUGGGAGCCGCUUUAGAAAGUCUAAUUAUCCGAUUCUGGUGUUUGAGGCUGAGGAUGAGGGUCUUGUGCUUGAGAGGAAGUGGCGCUCUUGGGUUGAACAGGAGUCGUUUAAGAGGCUGGUAUAUCACUUUUUGAGCCAUAAUACGCAGGCUUCAAUUUCGCUGCUUAUCAACCCUUCGAUAUCUUACUCCGAGCUCGACCUUCCUUUGCCAGAAUCACAAGAGCUGUGGUUGGCGGCUUCGGCAGCAGAAUGGAAGUCGAUAUACCGGACGAAAUUCGAAAAUUGCACGACAGAAAUCCCGUCUUUGACAGGAUGCAUCGCUACUCCAGAUCUCCUGCAAGAUAGCAAGACGGUUAUUGAUCUCCAGCUCUCAUGCUCCUCUUUCUUGUACGCUAUGUGGGGUAUGGUAUGGGAGUAUCGAAAGCUGGCUCGGCUGUUCUAUGCAAGACCAACCAACUCCGAUUUGUGGGAUAGUCGAUUAGCGAUGAUGACGCGGUAUCAGGAACUCCUCAAAGUAUUCGACUAUUACCGGAUCAGCUACGUGAAUGAGAGCACGCUGCUGCUUGAGCUGAUUCUCAUGCAUCUACACAUGUCUCUCGAAGAGAUCCAACUUUUCUGCGGACUAGAAGAUCAAAAAGAGACAUCACAUAUACAUGCCUCGGUCAAAGAGUGGGCGAGCAGUAAGACAUCUCGGUUAGCAGUCUGGCACGCUGGCCAACUUGUUCGCGCUGCAAGGGCACUUCCCCAUAUGCAUCUCCGCGACUUCUACGCUAUCUCGCUCUUUCAUGCGAGUUUGACAUUUUGGGCGUACGGGCUGGCAUCGCGCAUGUUUGUCCAGGGUCGAGGUUUGUAUCCAGAAGCUGGGAGCAUGAGUACGGAUAUGAACCCCCCACAAGCACCACAACAAGUGAUCUGUCUUGAUGACGAAGAAACGACCGCGACAUAUCGCUAUAUUUCUUUGGGUAGGGGGAUACCUGCUCUGCACGGUAACCGGCCCAACAUGCCGCUUACGCAAUUAGACGAUCUGGCGGUUGUUAUGUCUACCAUUAUGGGAAUAAUGGCGAAGGGUGAUUGCGAUUCUUCAAUGCCCAAUUCGCCACUUGUGGAGAAUCUACUAAAUGUUAUGGGACGAUUGAGGGAUACGGCGACUCCAGGGAGCAGCGUAGCGAUGUAG